AUGGCGCGCCGCGGGCACACACGGGGUCCGCCGGCGCGACCCUUGGAGGCGCGCCGCAAGCUGGCGACCCGCCCGUGGCGCGUCGACGACUUCGACGCCUUCUGCGAGCGCGUGUACGGACCGGAGCCCCCCGGCGGCGCCGACGCCAACGCCGCCGACGCCGACGCCGACACCGACUUGCUCGCCCCGCGCCCGCCGCCGUUUCGGCGCGUGAUGAUAUUUGUGGACAACGCGGGCGCCGACGUCGUGCUCGGCAUGCUGCCCUUCCUGCGGGAGCUGCUGCGGCUGCGCUGCGAGGUGGUGCUGGUCGCCAACAGCCUGCCCGCCAUCAACGACAUCACCGCCCCCGAGCUGAGGGGCCUGCUGAGCGCGGCCGCGGAGGUGUGCCCGAUCAUCAAGGCGGCGCGUGCGGCGGGCAAGCGGGUGGAGUGCGGCGGCGGCAUCGGGCCGGGCACGGCGCCGCCAUUUUCGGGGAUGGGGCGGCGGCAGCCGUCGCUGAAUGACCUGGCGCUGGCGCCGCAGCAGCAGCAGCAGCAAGCGGCGGGCGCGGCUGCGGCGGCGCAGCCGCAUCAUAACCAGCAUCACCAUGAGCAGCAGCAGCAGCAGCAGCAGCAGCAGCAGCAAUUGACCGUGGGUGACGGGGGCAGCGGCCGCGGCUCCCUUGGCCCGCCGUCGCCGGACUCCGCGGCGCGCCAGUCCGCCGCCGCGUUCACGUUCGACAAGCACACCUCCGGCGGCGGCGACUUCGGCGCCCAGGGGAUGUGGCAGCAGCAGACCGGCCGCGUGAGCGGCGCGAGCGACGGCGCGCCCGGCGGCGGCGGCGGCUUGCCCGACGCCGACGGCGCCCAGCAGCAGCAGCAGCAGCAGCAGCAGCAGCAGCAGCAGCCCGAGGCGCGCCUCUUCGUUGUGGCCAGCGGCACCGGCGGCCCGUGCCUCGACCUCCGGCGCUGCGACUGCCUCAAGCUGGCCAUGAUCAAGACCGAGCGUCUGGCGCGCAAGCUGUUCAACGGGUCGCUGUACGACUCGGUCUGCCUCUACCAGCCGGGGACGGGCGCGGGCGGGGGCGGCGGCGGCGGCACGGCGGCAGCGGCGGCGGCGCCUGCAGGGCCGCCGCCGCCGCAGCAGCAGCAGCAGGGCUGA